AUAAAUAACAAAAAUGAGCGAAGAUAAUGGUCCUCCGGCUAAAAUAAUAAAAUUAGAAGAAAAACCUCCUAGCAUUCCGGCCAAUAAACCAACAAGUUCGAGUAACGUAAGAUUGUGCCCGUAUUUAGACACAAUCAACAGGCAAUACUUGGAUUUCGACUUCGAGAAACUCUGCUCGGUGUCCCUCACCAGAAUCAACGUGUACGCCUGCUUGGUGUGCGGGAAAUACUUCCAAGGAAGAGGCACCAACACCCACGCGUACACCCAUUCCGUAGCCGAAGGUCACCACGUGUUCCUCAAUUUACAAACGUUGAAGUUCUACUGUUUACCGGACAAUUACGAAAUCAUCGAUUCUUCGUUAGACGAUAUAAAGUACGUUUUGAAUCCCACGUUCACCGAGCUGCAUAUCACCAAUUUGGAAUCCUCUACGAAACUAUCCAGAGCAAUCGAUGGGUCGCUGUACGUCCCCGGUAUAGUAGGCUUAAACAACAUCAAAGCGAACGAUUACUGCAACGUAGUGUUGCAGGCUUUGUCUCGCGUCACUCCGCUCAGGAAUUAUUUUUUGAGAGAAGAGAAUUACGGCAAUGUCAAGAGACCGCCGGGCGAUUCAUCGUAUCUGCUCGUGCAGAGGUUCGGCGAGCUGAUGAGGAAAUUGUGGAAUCCCCGGAACUUCAAGGCGCACGUUUCGCCACACGAAAUGCUCCAAGCCGUCGUGUUGUGGAGCAAAAAGAGGUUCCAGUUCACCCAACAAGGUGAUCCGAUCGAUUUCUUGUCGUGGUUCAUCAACGCUCUGCACAAAGCCUUGAACGGCGGCAAGAAGAAAGACAGUUCGAUAAUCUACAAAUCGUUUUUGGGCAACAUGAAAAUCUACACGAGGAAAAUACCUUCGUUGGAUUUGAACGAAAAGGAGAAGAAGACUUUAUUGGCUACGCCCGAGUACCAAGAGAUCGAAACGGAAUCGCCUUUUUUGUAUUUAACUUGCGAUCUACCGCCACCGCCGUUGUUCAUCGAUGAAUUCAGAGAGAAUAUCAUUCCUCAGGUGAAUUUGUAUCAACUCUUAACGAAAUUCAACGGGCAAACGGAGAAGGAAUACAAAACAUACAAGGAAAAUUUCAUGAAGAGGUUCGAAAUAACGAGAUUACCGCCUUACCUUAUUUUAUACAUCAAGAGGUUUACCAAAAACACUUUUUACGUCGAAAAAAAUCCUACUAUUGUGAAUUUCCCAGUUAGAAACGUGGAUUUUUCCGAAUUUUUAACGCCUGAAAUCAAGGCGAAACACAAACACACCAUUUACGAUUUGGUGGCGAAUAUCGUGCACGAUGGGGAACCCAAUAAAGGAACCUACAGGGUUCAUAUAUUACAAAAAUCAACGGGUCAAUGGUACGAGAUGCAGGAUUUGCACGUAACUGAUAUUUUACCGCAAAUGAUUACGCUAACUGAAGCUUACAUACAAGUGUACGAAUUGAGGACGACAUAAUGAUUUUAUUUUUCUAAUGUGUUUGUAUUUUGUUAAUAUUUUGUCUCUAUUUUGUAUUUAACAGUAGUUAAGA